AUGGCGAAUGUUUUUGCCGUGCUGGCUGCUCACCAGCGGAGCUUGCACGAGUUGAUCGAUGCCCAGCACCAAGUUCUUCGGCAACAACUCGCCGAUGCAGGUUGGCUGAGGGAUAUUGAACUCGAUGGAGGUGCACAACUUGAAGGAAUCUCUGGUGGUCUUGCGCCGAAACUGGGCACUUCCCAGCAGUCUUUGCAGCCGACCUUGCCAGAUGACGUUGACCCGUUGCCGCCCAACACGCCCAAGUCGGCACUGCUCACUGCCAGCCCGUCUGCGUUUGUCCUGCUAACUUCUCAAGAUAGCCCGUCUGUGAACAGUGCGGGGUCUCACUUAGCACAGCCAGAGUUGACCUCCCAAGAAGUGGUGAAGAUUUUGAGCAAGACGGACGAGGAGGAGCAGGAGACCAGCCCCGGCAGCCAACCGCUGGGCAGUCACAGCUCUGCGAUGAUUGCACAGAGGGCCUUCAGCAAAAACGACAAGGUGAAAUUCAUCUAUAGGUUGGAUUGCUUGGCGGGGCUUUGUGUCCUCGUGAACUCGAUCUUCAUGGCCAUCGAAUUGGAGUUCGAAGGCCGCUUCAGUGGUCAGACCUUGAACCAAGGCCAUGCGCCGGUGGCCGAUCCUUCCUUCUUCUUUUCCGUUUCUGACAACAUUUUUGCCGUGCUGUACUUCUUGGAGCUUAUGGCGCGCAUCGCCGUGGAGAGGCGGAAGUUCUUCACCACCUUAGUGAAUUGGUUCGAUAUCUUCCUAGCAACCAUCACCUGCUUCGAUGUCUGGGUUUUAAGACCCAUGGCACUUUCAGGUGGAGCGACCGAUCAGAUGAUUCUGUUGCGCCUGGCGCGGGCGGUGAAAUCCAUGAGGGCCAUCCGCAUGGUGAGAACGUUAAGGCUCUUCCGAGGCUUGCGGGUCCUGGUCCAGGCAUGCUAUUCAUUUCUGCCAUCACUAUGUUGGUCCAUGGUUCUCCUGGGAAUUUUUAUGGUGAUGGGGGCCCUGAUGCUGGGGAACAUGCUGCAGGAAUUCAUCGCAGAUCAGGGACAGGACUUUGACACUCGCGAGUGGAUUUGGCAACAUUACGGCACAGCCCUGCGUGCGAUGUACACUCUCUAUGAGAUAACGUUUGCAGGGAAUUGGCCAACAUAUGCCAGACCCGUGAUCGACGGUGUGAGCAGCUACUUCGCGGUAUUUUUCCUGCUGUACAUAACACUCAUAGUGUUCGCGGUCAUACGAGUUAUCACAGCGAUCUUUUUGAAGGACACGCUGGAUGCUGCAAGCAAUGAUGCCGAGCAUUUGGUGGUUGAGAAGCUCCAGAAGAAGGCACAGUAUGUCCGGCGCUCAGACGAGCAGCAAAAGUGCCUACGAUGCGACGAGUUCCUCCGCAUUCGGAGCGUUUCGGGCGAAGGGCCGGGCGGCUCCUACGCAGUGGCCGUGCAGUGGCUGAAGCGGUUCUGCCAUCGAGUGGGCUUGGCCACGCAGCAGGUGGAACCCGUGAAGGGCAAACCGGUUCUCCUGGCCACCUGGCCGGGCCGGGAUCCCUCGCUGCCGGCGCUGCUGCUGAACUCCCACUACGACGUGGUACCGGCGAUGGAGGAGUUUUGGACCGUGGACCCCUGGGCAGCCCAGAUCAAAGAUGGGAAGAUUUAUGGGCGGGGCACACAAGACAUGAAGUCUGUGUGUGUCCAGUACCUGUUGGCCAUUGAGCGGCUAAAGAAGAAACACUUCAUGCCAGAGCGCACAGUGCACUUGAGCUUCGUCCCGGAUGAGGAGGUGGGCGGUGUGGAGGGCAUGGGCGAAUUGCUGAAGACAGCGGAGUUUCAAGCCUUGGGCACGCUGGGUUUGGCGCUGGAUGAGGGUCUGGCGAACCCAGGAGAUGCCUUCACCGUGUUUUAUGGUGAGCGGACGCCCUGGUGGAUCCUGGUGAGAGCCAGUGGGCCCACAGGCCACGGGUCACGGUUCAUCAAGGAGACGGCGCCGCAAAAGCUGCUGCGGAUGGCCGAGCGUGCGCUGGCCUUCCGCCAAGCGCAGGAGGAGGCGCUGGGGCAUGAUCAGAAUGGCUGCAAGCAUGGCACCGCCAAAAAGCUGGGCGAUGUGACGACGCUCAAUCUGACCAUGUUGCGCACAGGAGUGUCCAAUGACAAUGGCAAGACCUUUUGUUUGAACGUGAUUCCCACCGAAGCAGAGGCCGGCUUUGACGUCCGCAUCACACCCAAUCUGGCACCCAAGGAUUUUCAGGCCUUGUUGGACAAGUGGUGUGAAGAUGAAGGCGUGGUCUGGCAGUUCGCACCCUGGACCCGUCCUUUGUCCGAGCACUUCGUCACGGCCACCGACGAGUCGAAUCCCUGGUGGGUGGCCUUCAGCGAAGCCAUGGCCUCGAUGAAUCACAAGGUGGAGCCGGAAGUGUUCCCGGCGGCCACCGACUCGCGCUUCCUGCGAGAGCUGCAUAUCCCAGCCCUGGGCUUCUCUCCCAUGAAGAACUGCCCCAUUUUGCUGCACGAGCAUAAUGAGUAUUUGCCGGUGGACAUCUUCUUGGCGGGCAUUGAGGUCUACGUGGGAUUGGUGGAGGCGCUGGCAUCCAAAGAGAAGUUGCCAGGAGAGGACGAGGAACAGACCUUCCGCUUCCCCCUCGACGAUGAGCUGCUGCGAGGCAUGAUCACCCAACAGCGGAUGUCCGAGAUCCUCCAAGUACCCGAGGUGAAGGCCUACUUCCAGACGCUCGAGGUGGAUGUGCACGAAGGAGCUGCGUUGUUCCACAUUCUAGAUAAUGGGGAUGGCGAAGUAACGAGAGAAGAAUUCAUUGAUGGAAUCCUGAGAUGCAAAGGACCUGCUCGUGCUAUUGACCAAGUGGCGAUGCAAGCGGACCUGACGCACCUGCAUGACAAGUUGUCCGACAUUCUGAAGAUCCUGGAGGAGGUGCAUCAUACCAGAACUACUUCCAACUCCAGGCCGAAGCUCCUGCGACGGGGGUCGAUGGCCAACCACCUGCGACUCUUCCGAAUGGAUGCCGGCGAAGAGGUGCUUCAUGCGCAGGGCUCCAAUCGCAUUUGA